CCGCCGCCGCCGCCGCCGCCGGUCCCCGCCUCUCCCGCUCGCCAUUGCGGCGGCUCAGGGCGAGCCGCGCCGCGUCCCCGCUCGGCUCCCUCCCCGGCCGCCGCCCGGCAGAGGCUCCACGGCGCAGGCCCGCCGCAGCGCAGCCGCUCUGAGUAGCUAUUGAUGGAAGAACACGGGGUGACCCAAACAGAGCACAUGGCCACCAUCGAGGCCCACGCAGUGGCCCAGCAGGUGCAGCAGGUCCAUGUGGCCACCUACACAGAGCACAGCAUGCUGAGCGCGGAUGAAGACUCGCCGUCUUCGCCUGAGGACACCUCCUACGAUGACUCUGACAUCCUCAACUCCACGGCUGCCGACGAGGUCACCGCCCACCUGGCUGCAGCAGGCCCUGUGGGGAUGGCAGCAGCUGCUGCUGUGGCAACGGGUAAAAAACGAAAGCGACCACACGUUUUUGAAUCCAACCCGUCAAUCCGCAAGAGGCAGCAGACACGUUUGCUACGGAAGCUCCGAGCCACGCUGGAUGAGUACACCACCAGAGUGGGGCAGCAGGCCAUCGUUUUGUGCAUCUCACCCUCUAAACCCAAUCCCGUCUUUAAAGUAUUUGGUGCUGCACCCUUGGAGAAUGUGGUACGCAAGUACAAGAGCAUGAUUUUGGAAGACCUGGAGUCUGCACUAGCGGAGCAUGCUCCUGCGCCUCAGGAGGUUAACUCAGAGUUGCCGCCCCUCACCAUCGAUGGCAUUCCCGUCUCGGUGGACAAGAUGACCCAGGCACAGCUGCGAGCUUUCAUCCCUGAGAUGCUGAAGUAUUCCACGGGUCGUGGGAAACCAGGCUGGGGGAAGGAAAGCUGCAAGCCCAUCUGGUGGCCUGAGGACAUUCCAUGGGCCAAUGUUCGCAGUGAUGUCCGCACAGAGGAACAGAAGCAGCGGGUGUCAUGGACCCAAGCGUUGCGGACUAUCGUGAAGAACUGCUACAAGCAGCACGGGCGUGAAGACCUGCUCUACGCGUUUGAGGAUCAGCAGACGCAGCAGCAGACUACGACCACACAUAGUAUAGCACACCUGGUGCCGUCACAGACGGUGGUACAAACCUUCAGUAACCCUGAUGGCACUGUGUCUCUCAUCCAGGUCGGCACUGGUGCUACAGUUGCCACGCUGGCCGAUGCCUCAGAGUUGCCUACCACAGUUACCGUCGCACAAGUCAAUUAUUCUGCAGUGACUGAUGGAGAGGGUCAGCUCUGGGCACAGGAGAAUGAAGCAGUUGCCUUGAACGUCAGACACCUGACGAUGGCUAAAGAGCUACGACGAGCGCCAGCUUUGCCAAUGCCCAAGUGCUGGAAAACCAGAUUGGCAGCUGCUGAGGAGUGUGUGAUAGCAGAUGUGGAGCAGAACUGGGCAACGCUACAGGGGGGUGAGAUGACUAUCCAGACGACGCAGGCAUCAGAGGCCACGCAGGCGGUGGCAUCGUUAGCAGAAGCAGCAGUGGCAGCAUCUCAGGAGAUGCAACAAGGAGCAACUGUUACCAUGGCACUCAACAGUGAAGCAGCUGCCCAUGCAGUAGCCACGCUUGCUGAAGCCACUCUUCAAGGUGGAGGACAAAUUGUCCUAUCUGGUGAAACUGCAGCAGCAGUAGGAGCGCUUACUGGAGUCCAAGAUGCCAAUGGUCUCGUCCAGAUCCCUGUCAGCAUGUACCAGACCGUGGUGACCAGCCUGGCCCAAGGCAACGGCCCCGUUCAGGUGGCGAUGGCACCCGUGACCACGAGGAUAGCGGACAGUGCCGUCACCAUGGACGGGCAGGCAGUGGAAGUGGUGACCUUGGAACAGUGACGAUGCCCAGAGCAGGAUCAUGGUGAUUUUCCUCGUCUCUUAUGCGAAUAAUUUUUUACGCCUCUCCAGAGAUGCAAUCAGGUGGCAUUGAGUCUCCCAGCUUUGGAAGCAAAGGUUUUGUUAACCUUUUUUUUUUUUUUUUUAAAAGGAAAAAAAAAAAGAAAAAAAUACUAG